GAAACAUCAUUUUUCGUAAUGUCGCGAAAGGGGUGUACAAUAUACAAAAAGUAUAAAAACAAAGAGAGAAGAAAGUAGCCAUUUAUACAGUAGAUAUAGUGUAUUUGAAGUAAAAAACCGGCCCCUAAAUUAUAACACAUUCAUAUUUUAUUACUGGUGCGUCAUACACAGUGAAUGGUGGAUAUUGACUUGUGGAAAAUGGUUUGUACAACUAUACGUGCUACAUCUUUACCUUAUCCAGAGAUCCAAUCUUGGAAGGAAAUUGCUAAAUUCGUUGGAGAUUAUGUCGACUACGAAGAAUUAGAGAAUCCAAUACAAAUACCACCUCGUUUGUACUCUCCCAAUACAGUUUUCCUACGACAUUCAGGACAUUCUUUCGAAAUUGCUACAGCACUCGCUUCUCUCUUACUGGGUUUUAACUAUAAUGCCUACGUUGUUUCUGGAUAUGCAACUGAAGAUGUCGCCAAGCGCAUUAUGAUGCGAGUGGAUUCCCCUUUCCCGGAAUUUAUAGAACAAGAAGAAGUAGCGGAAGAAAUUAAGGUGGAAGGAAAAUAUGCAUUAAAACCUGUACGUGAUCUAAGGAGCAAAUUUCUACUUUGGUUGGAGCAAAGAGAGAUUGAUAAAAUUAAGGAAAAAGAAAGAAAACUUGAAGAAGAGAGGAAAAGAAAAAUAGAGGAAAUGGAAAAGCCCCCUCAUGAUGACCUAUAUGGCUGGAGAGUUCAUGGAUGGGUUUUAGUUUUACGAGGGAGAGAAAUAGAAACCCCAAUGUUUAUAGAACCAUCUACUGGUUAUUCACAUCCAAUCGAUAGUCCACUUUAUGUUUGGAUAGAAAGUAUUUGGAAUAACACUAAUUAUUGGGUUAACAUGCAAGAGAAUUCUGAAGGAAUUGGGUCUAUAGACUACGAUUUUACAAACACUGAAAAUUGGGAACACCUGCUAAUUGGAGAACCCAUCUCUUUUAGGCAAUUGGAUCUUCCAGCGGAUAUGGAUGAAAUAGAAAAAGAAACUGCUAUGAUAUUAACUGAGAAGCAUUUAGAUGUCCCCCCUCCUUGGAGUUCAAUGAUCGACAUACCACAUAAAGUUUUUCGGAGAAGGUUCCCCAGAGGAAAGAAGGAAACUAUGUAUAAAAGAACAAUCGUGGAAGAAUUUUCUGAUCAUGCCCAAGUAAAUGGUAUGGUUACUAAAAUUUAUCGUUUUAACGAUUUGGAUUGCAGUCCAAGUGAAUUAAGAACUAUUGAAGAGUUGUAUGAGCACCGGGACGACUCUAUGGUUAAAAUUAUUAGAGACUGCAAUAGUGACUGGGUAACGGAAUAUUUUAGAGAUGGAAGAGAGGAUUGUUGUAAACUUCACAGUUAUCAUACCAAAUCUAACAUUUUGGAGUCAGAGAGAUCGAUUGAAUAUUAUCAUCACAUAAGACACGAUUGCUUAUCAAAAUUAGAAAUUGGCGAAAAUUAUAUCACCGAGCAUUUUAUUGGUCGUGAAGAUAAAUUCUAUUAUAGACAUACGGUGUUUGCCAAAAAAGGGCAACCACCUCCGGGCAUGCUGGAGAGCAGAAGAAGACUAGUUACGAUCACAGACUUUAUUAAAUUAAGAUUCAAGGAAAUAGCACGGCCAAAAUUAAUAGUAUCACUUUUUGAUCGGGAUUUCAAUGAUGAACUGAUGAUGGGAAUGCGCGAACAGGAAAAGAAACAGCAAGAAAUUAAAGUUAAGCAACUGUCUGAAGAGGUUGAUUAUCUGUAUCCCUAUCUCGCUAGAAUAGGAUUUCCUAGCAAGCUGUCUAAAAUUUUGGCCGAAAAAGUUAGAAAUCAAUGCUUAUCCGAUUUUAAGCAACUUCUUCUUCGACGAAUUAAUCAAGUCCAGAAAGAUUACGAAAAGACAAAAAGUGAAAUUGAAGAAAAGCAAAAACGGUUCGCUGCUAUUCAAGAUACAUUUUCGCUCACCGAAGAGGAGGAUUUUUAUUCUGCUUUAAACGAUCUUUUCUUCUAUGCACGAUGUUUAGAAAUUCGAUUACAACGCUAUAAAGAACUUUCUCCAUAUCGAUAUGAAGCAUUAGCUAGCUAUCUGGAUUUGCACCCAGCACUAGCUAUUUUACGAACAUAAUUUUAUAUAAUUCACGUUGAAACGUUUUAAUUACUAAAUUACAUAUAUGCAAUGUCAAUAUUGAGUUAAAUAAAGUCUAUUAAUAACUAAAUGACCACGAUCCCAUUUGUCCUAUAAGGUGUCCAUCUUCGUCAAAUGUUGCUAAUGUCAGCUUGUUUAGUUUAUUACAUAAGGAUGGAAAAUUAGAGGUGGCGUAUGUAC